GGGGUGUUUUUAGAAAUGCAACCGGCUGCUGGGUGGUUGAUUUUGCAAAACUAGCACAUGCAAAUGGCUCCCUUGCAGCAGAAUUAAAAGCACUACGAGAAGGGCUACGAACAGCAAAUGAAUGGAAUCUCUUCCCACUUGAGAUUGAGACAGACUGCUCAGAGGCUAUCCAGGCAAUACAACAUGGUAAUAAAUUACUUAACAAAAUUGUUAAUGAUUGCAGGUCCUUAAUGCACCAGCAGAGAGUUACUCUCCAACACACUUUCAGGCAGGGGAAUAGGAUUGCCCACACACUAGCCAAAGAAGUUCUAGGAAGGGAAAACAAGCCUCAGGGAUUGGCAGGAAGCAGCAAAGCAGUGAAACCCGCAAAAAAGUUUUAG